UUCACGGAGGGGAUUAAGACUGCAGGGAUUAGUCACCGCAACCGUGUCAACAAGCUUUCCCCCCUCGGUAGAUCAAUUACAUAACCGUGCUAUAUAGCUCGGACAUACACUGAAUAGUGUACAUUGUCAGUAAACAGUGACAUUGGUGAGGAAGUGUGUGUCAACACGCCUGACAAAGGAGCUCUUUACGGUGCGGAUCCUCAGCUGGCCCCGCUGCCACGACACUGCUUGUUGGAUUCCUCUUCCUCUUCCUCUUCCUUGUGGCGUUAAAUAAAAGUCGAGAGUGCGAAAGACGCGCCCACUUUUCGUUGCGCACUUAGUCGUCUCCGGUCCAGCGUCGGCAGAGCAUCCAGAGAGGGUUCAUGGGAAGCAUACGGCUAUUCUGGAGCUAAACACACACUCUGAACAAAUACUCGUGCAGAGAUGGUUCUUCAGCGGAUUUUUCGUGCUGUCAUCAUGGGACCUCCGGGGUCGGGCAAAGGAACAGUGUCUGCGCGCAUUACCCAAACUUUUGGACUGAAACACAUUUCUAGUGGGGACAUUUUGAGAGCCAACAUCAAUGCCCAAACCGAGCUUGGCCUGUUGAUGAAGUCCUCUAUUGAUCAGGGUCAGCUGGUACCCGAUGACGUAAUGUCUCGUCUCAUCCUGAGCGACCUGAGAGCGAUGGAUCAGAGCAGCUGGCUGAUUGAUGGUUUCCCUCGUACCGUUUCCCAGUCAGAAGCUCUGGAUGACGCCUACAACGUGGACACAGUCAUCAACCUCAAUGUACCAUUCCAGACCAUCAAACAGAGGCUCACCUCACGCUGGACUCACUUUCCCAGCGGCAGAGUCUACAACAUUGAUUUCAACCCUCCUAAAGUCUCUGGUUUCGAUGAUGUGACGGGGGAGCCUCUGGUCCAGAGGGACGAUGACAUGCCAGAGACGGUCACGCGGAGACUGAAGGCCUAUCAAACCCAGACUGAGCCCGUCUUAGAGUACUACAGGAGCAAAGGCGUACUGGAGAUCUUCUCCGGGACAGAAACCAACAAGAUCUGGCCGCACGUCGAGGCUUUCCUCCACAGAAAACUCUCCCCCGUCAAACAGAAAGUUGCAUAGAAAGCCUGAACAGAUGCUGGCGAGAAGGGUGAAUUAACCUUUAUUCCCUGAAACCACUCAAUCAGCUGCACCUUUCUGUGAAACAAGAGGAGUGCCAUCUGCGUAAUAUAUAUUGUGAAUGUUCAUAAGGAGGACCAAGCUCAUGCAGUUUGUCAGGAAGUGAAAGUAAGAUUGCAGAUAUUGUUGGAGAGAACGCCACCAUUGCCACUAUGUCGCUGGAAUUAGUUUGGGUAACUCUCAGGAGGUUUGCGUGCAAUCUUUCCAAUAUUAAUCGUUAGAAUUUAAAGAUGGUCUCUUUAUUAAACAAUGUGCCUUUUAAAGCCAGAAGAUUUCACUGAAUCAAAUGUCAAGGUCUUUAACUGUAGAUUACAAUAUAAUUGUUUUUAUUUUAAUUGUUUUUAUUUUUAGGUUUUGUAAAUCGCAAUCAUGAUUUAUUUUCUUAGUCGAUGGCAGCGACGAUAAAAUGAAUGGGCCCAAGCAAUAAGACAUUUUGAGCUAAAGGAGACUUUCCUGCUUUUGCCCUAAAAAAAUCCUUUGACAACAAUAUUGCAUGGGCUUUUUGCCCACGCAUCACAAAUGCAUGCAGAACUUGGGACUGUUUAUUGUGCAAUGGGUUAUUAUUAAAGGGAAUUGUUGCAUGUUAUACAAAUGACUGUAAGUUCACUUUUGCACUAAAGGACUCUUUGCUGCUUUUUUAAAGAUGACAAAUGGCUCAGUGAAUGUAGUUUGUAGAUACUUUUACUGAAUAUGGACCACAUAUCUAAUUUAUAAACCACGCUUAUUAUAUAGAAUAUUUUGAAUUUCUUAAUCAAACCAUCAUUUUGUAACCGCUUCUUUUAACCACCUUAAGUCUUAAUUACGUUGCCUCUGAAAUACAAUGUUUCCAUUUCAACCAGGCGCUCCUUGUUAUGACAAAGUAUAUAAAUGUAUAUUGAUAUUUGCCAUUUAAUGUGACUUGACAACUGAAAACUUGAUUGAAAAACUGUAGUAACCUAAAACAUUUUCAGCAAAGUUUGUACAGGGUUAUUGUUCAAAGAUAUCGCAGCAUUCAAAGUGGCUCUGCAGUUCGGUGUUUUUGCACUCGCGUCUUCAGAAGGUUUCACCGUGUUAAAAGCUACAGAAAUGAUAACUUGCCCUUCAAAUGUACUAAAGAAUGUUUCCUGAAUUGUACUGUGUGUAUUUCUUAAACUUGAAUACAAUACUUAAAAGCACAUCUCUUCAGACAACUGUGUCAUGUGUAUUUAAGUCACAAUAAACUUCUGAUACUAGUAACUAUA